GAAGAAUGCUUGACAUCUUUUUCUUUUGGACAGAUCUCAAGACCAGAGAAUGGCAGGUGAACAGAAACCCUCAAGUAACCUCCUGGAACAGUUUAUUUUACUAGCCAAAGGUACCAGUGGCUCAGCCCUCACUACUCUCAUAGGCCAGGUCUUGGAGGCGCCUGGAGUGUAUGUCUUCGGAGAAUUGUUGGAGCUGGCCAAUGUACAGGAGCUUGCAGAAGGAUCUAAUGCUGCUUACUUGCAGUUGUUGAACCUGUUUGCCUAUGGAACAUACCCAGAUUACAUAGCUAACAAGGAGAGCCUGCCAGAACUAAGCACAGCUCAGCAGAACAAGCUGAAACAUCUUACCAUCGUGAGCUUGGCAUCGAGAAUGAAGUGUAUCCCCUACUCUGUGCUGCUGAAGGACCUAGAGAUGCGGAAUCUCCGGGAACUAGAAGACCUCAUCAUUGAGGCUGUCUACACUGACAUCAUCCAGGGCAAGUUGGACCAGCGAAACCAGCUGCUAGAAGUGGAUUUCUGCAUUGGCCGUGACAUCCGAAAGAAGGAUAUCAACAAUAUUGUCAAGACCUUGCAUGAGUGGUGUGAUGGCUGUGAAGCAGUUCUGCUGGGCAUCGAGCAGCAAGUUCUAAGAGCCAACCAGUACAAAGAGAACCACAACCGAACUCAGCAGCAGGUAGAGGCAGAGGUCACCAACAUCAAGAAGACACUCAAAGCUACUGCGUCCUCGUCAGCCCAGGAGAUGGAACAGCAGCUGACUGAACGGGAGUGCCCCCCUCAUGCUGAGCAGAGGCAGCCCACCAAGAAGAUGUCCAAAGUGAAAGGUCUGGUCUCCAGCCGCCACUAGGGCCGGCUGGGGCAGCUGGCACUCACCAGGCCUGGGUCAGAAGGGAAGGGGACACCGGGGCCAGUGAGUUCCAGACCUGCCCGUCCCCUCACCAGCACCUCCCCACCCUGCUGGUACUGUUCCAGAAGACCGUUCCUCCUGUCCCGCCCCCACUGCCUCCUUCCCAGUUGUUCCCUUCAGACUCAGGGGCUCUGAUGCCAUCCUAACAGGGUCAGACACUGCCCAGCUCCCCUCUAGGAGGUUCUUGUCUGUGUAAGGGCUUGUCUCCCUCUCGCUUUUCUUUCGUUCCAUGUCAUUUUGUUAGGCUGGUCAUAGCUGGAGGCAGCCCCCAGGGAUGAUUACAAAGGGGCCCCUCCCCAAGUGAGGAGGGGUGUGCCUUCUCCAGCCCCGGGUACCACAGUACCCACCAUGGUGCAGGCGAGCUCUAGCCAGGUAUCAAAAUGCUUCGUUUUCUCUCUCCUGCCUUACCCCUGUUGGCAGCUCCAGUUUAGGCCAUGGAGGGAUGCGAUGCUGGGCUAUGUUUACUAAACCUGCGGGUUUGCAGCCUCUGAAGUCCAGCUCCACCCUCUCAUUCAUGGGGAGCACUAGGUCGAGUAACCUCUGGUAUCUGAGUGCAACGGAGGGUGCUGUGGGCCUUCUGGGUGGCAGAAGUCAUUUCUUCUUGCUUGGUUUUCUCUGCUGGCCACUCUGGCCUCUGACUCUGACUGCUCAGCCUGUUUUCCGCAUGCGGGCCCCCG